AUGAAACGCUCAUCCGAUUCUACGACUUCACCCAGAUCUUCCAAGCGGCAAGCUAGUCUAGCUGCUUUCCUGAAACCGAAGAAUGUACCUUCACCGAUUAUCACCAAGAUACAUAUCUCAGAGGGUAAUGGACAAGAAGAUAAACCCAUUGUACUGGAUGACGACGAAGAACCCGAACUUCUCAAAUCGAUCACUACCCUUGACAAAGGCAAAGGCAAAGCAGUCGACCUGCAUCAGAACGGUGUUUCUAAAUUGACAUCGACAGACUUGGAUCUUGAUCCAUCUUGGCCCCCUCCUCAACACCCAUAUCACCCACCCCCAAAUACAACAUAUAACCAUCCUAUCGUCAUACCCCCUCCCACGCCUUCCCUCCAGCCGAUGCGGUUCAACCUCAAUCCUAAAAUCAUACACAAUCCCACAACAGAUCUCGAUCUAGUUUAUUACAAGUCGUUCAUAGAUAAAUCCUCAAGUAAAGAACUGAUGAUUUUCUUGCUGGACAACUUACCGUGGUAUAGAGUAAAAUACAUGGUACGAGGGAUCAACAUCAAUACACCUAGGUACACGACGGUAUUCGGUAAAGAUUUGACGGAUAUUCCUUGGUCGGGAUAUAUGAAAUGUAGACCUAGGGCUAUACCAGAGGUGUUGGAGAGGUUGAUGAGGAAGGUCGAACAAGUCACCUCAUCUCAAUUCAAUUUUUGUCUCGUCAACUAUUAUUCCUCAGGCAACGAUUCCAUCUCUUAUCAUUCGGAUUCGGAAUCCUUCCUGGGUCCUAAUCCUACCAUCGCCUCUCUGACACUGGGUCAUCCUAGGGAUUUCCUGCUCAGGCAUAUAAAUUUUAAGAAUCAUCCCCGUACAGGUAAUUCAGUGGCGGUUGAGAAGUUUGUGCUAGAAGAUGGUGAUAUGGUAGUCAUGAAAGGUAAAACUCAACAUGAAUGGGAACAUUCAAUACCUAAGAGAAAAUCAGCAAAAGGUAGAAUCAAUAUAACGUUCAGAAAGGGGAUAGUCAAAUAUGCAACUGAAAAUUAUUAUAAUUAUAAUGUAGGUAAAGGUAAUUUACAUAGAUGGGAUAGAGAGAAAGGUGUGAUGAAGGAGGUGGAAGUCUCAGAUGGAGGUGUGAAGAGCUAG